AUGCCUUCACGUUGGACCGGUCAACUUGGCGUGAUUGUGCAUGAGGAAAUCGGAGUGAUCAGCGUAACCGUGGUAGCCGAUGAGGAUGCAACACCCCUUUUCGUCGUCAUCGUUGAGGAGAGGCUNNNNUGGCGUUUACCUUGUGCUGAAUCGGAAGAGGAAAAUGCGAAAAUCACCAGUGCUUGCUGA